AUGAAACGCCUUACCAAUCUCAAGAGCUCCUCGUCUGACAGCAACCCCAACAAUGCAUCGAACAAGCGAAACGGAGCCAGUACGCUCACUAAAAACAGGAAGAAUAACAAUCCAUAUCUAUCCGGCCCAAUAGAUAGAAGCUCUGGAGAACAUACGAAUGGCCACCUCUCCUUCUCUGAGCCGGCAAACAGCAUACGACCCAGCCAUUUGUCCCAGUAUGAUGACCCAUCUCCUACGACUGGGGAUAAAUCCGCUGCUCCCACGCUCUCUACGACUGGCGAAACCACUGUCUCUGAUGCAGGCUAUUCCAAAGCCGGUACCUGUGCUACCGGCGGCAAUGGCUUUAAUCCUGCUGGUGGUGGAGAAGGUAGCACAUUUUCAUCCCCGUCGCCGUCAGUUCGCUCGCUGACGACGACUCUUACGACGAUUCAAUCGGCAGCUCCGUCAACGCAGCUCAACGCAGCCCAAAAUGCGAAUCACUAUUCCGCUGGUAUGGGCAACGAACACCACAGUGGAUCUCACCAUGCCACUACCCAACAUCCAGGUGUCCAAUUUACGCAUCAGUUUCCUACAUCACCAAUUACAGCCGUUCCGCCACAUCUUGCCGUGAAUCCAAAUCCCACGACAUAUUCGAGCGCCACAGCAAACAACCUGCUGACAGAUAACGCUUCUGUUCUUACCCUGGCAUCAUCUUCCAAGCGUCGACGACGAAAUUCUCUUGACACGAAUGCGUCGGUUCUAGCACUUGCGCCCUCGUCUCUCUUUAGCGGCAGUCGUGAAAGCUUACCGCUUAGUAUGUUGAGCGGUCAUGUCGGUGGUGUUGUUGGAGUGGACCAAAGCAGCUCGUCUACACAUAACGUAGCGGGUGUGCUAAACCGAGGCGGGGCUUCUAAUAAUGAAAGAGCCAGCGUCCAUUCCAUGUCUGGAAUACUCGCCACAGACCGGAGCAGUGUGAGAAGCGGUAUACAUUCACACCACGGCCGAAACGACAGCAUCACCGGAAGUAUUGGGAUGCAGGUUGGCAGCGCCCUCCCUGGAACAUCUGGACGGGUCAGUCGCCGUGGAUCCGGCUGGGGUGAGAUUGUUGAUUCUGAGGAUACGGGUGAUGAAACUCAACGUGAGGAAUCCGAUAAAGACGCCGACGGCAAAGAACAUGCAGACGAGAAGUCAGCAGCAGAGAAAGAUAAGAAAGAAUGCUAG